UCAUGGAUAGAGAAUACGAGCGAUGCCAGAACUAGGUUAGGUAACGUGCGACGAAUUUCAUAGCAAUAGCUAUUGUUGAGUCCAACAUGGCUGCUCUGAGGAAUGGUUUGUUGACAUGUUCGAAUUUUCUUUCAAGUAGCACAAAAUUUGCAGCAUGCGAGUUGCAGCAAAUACGUAACAAAUAUGUUGGUCGGUGGAUGAUUCGUGAUAUUAAACGAAGAAACAUGGCAAAACAAUAUGCCGAAGAACGACUGCGACUUCUAGCUAUAAAAAGAAAUACUAUUUUGCCAGCGGAAAUUCGAGAAGAAGUUAAUCAACAAUUUGAUAAGAUAAUUCCACGUCAGACAGCUUUAAGACAAUUAACAUCACGGUGUAUACUAACUUCUCGUGGACACGGUGUCGUGCCAAGGUGGAGAUUAUCAAGAAUUAUGUUCAGGGAGUUGGCCGAUUAUAACAAGUUGUCUGGUGUACAACGUGCAAUUUGGUAGAGAUUAUAUGUACAAUGGUGUUUCGGUUCUUUUGUCGAAAAAAUGUGAAAUAAAUACAACAUAAUUGAUGUAUCAGCUUGUAAAGAAGUAUAAGAAUGUUUUCUUAUUUUAUUACGUUUAUUAUUUACCAUUAUCGAUUAUCGAUUAUUUAUGUUUCGUU